CCGUAACCAACAGAGGGCAUGGUCGCAGAAUUUGGCAGGUCGGAGGAGGGAGAUGACGACGUGUACCCGAAUAACGGGGAGAGGAAAAGAGCUCUGACAGAUGUUGAAGUUUUGUUGGAAUAGGACCUCUCAAACGAAAAAAGUGAGAUUUAUUAUGAACGUAAGGUAAAUAAAGUUAACCAGGCAUUCUUGAAAACUAACGGAAAUCAAUAUAAUGUGUUUGAUGCUGUCUACUCGCCAGACAGCGGCGAUUCCACUUAAUCUAAGUUGGCGGUGGCUAAUAACAGUAAGCUAACUAGCUACCUUCUGGUUAGCAUUAGCUUUUACAGGAGUCCAUCCUAGGAAGGAAGAAAAGGGAAAAAUCUGCUACAUACUGCAAAGCGAAGUCACACUUUUGGCUAGUUAUUGAGCUAGUUUCCUAUCUAAAAAAGUCACUUGUUGAUCCCUAGCUGAAGUUAGAACGUACGCAAGCCAGCUAACUGAUUGUUUGUAGUUGGUUUUGACAAAUAGCAGCGUCAAAAACAAUAAGUAUACGUGUAUUAGAUAGCUACUUGUUUAAUUACCGGUAACGUAACAAUUAAUUGUACUCUAACUACUUAGCUUCAUCAACCAACAAACCAACAAAAUCUUGAUUUGAGGCAUUUUAUCUAGCUAGCUAGUCUCGGGUCCGGAUACUCUGAAAGGCAGUGGGUCAACUGUUAUGGCUACCGAUGUAAUGGAGAGUGAGGUGGGUCUGAAGGAUGCGGGUGAUAACGUUAAUGUUAUAAGUCUGAACAAUACAAGCCCAGAGCUAGACACACCCAGCACGUAUGAAAGUCUGGGAGGAGAUAUCAGGGACACAUCGAGCCCCUCGUCUUCUGGAGUGUCAGGCGAAGAAGAGGAAGAGUUAGAAGAACUGCAACACAGAAGAACAAAACUUUCGUUGAAAAAUGAAGAUACCGCAGCAACAGUACAGGGGCCAACCCAAACAGGAGAACCACCGCAGGAAACGGAGACUCCAGACAAUGGAAGAAAACAAGCUGCGGAGGUGGAGGGGGCUGGUUGCUCCGCUUCGGUCAGAAUGUCCCUUACACACUCAAACUCUGGACACAACGGAAGUUUGGAGCGCCAGGAGUCCGUGGCGACCACCGAGGCUCGGCUUCGCAUGGAGGGGGUGGAGCUUAAAGAGGAGUGGCAAGAUGAGGACUUCCCCAGACCUCUUCCUGAAGAAGAGGAGGACAUUCGGCUAGAUGAAGAUCUCUUCCCUGAGACAUCCAAAGAUAGGCAGUCUGUCUCAGCACAAGGCUAUCCUGGACUGAGUGCUGGAAAGAAGGCCAAGAAGAAGCUAGCAGCCCCAGACAUCAGCCUGACACUGGACCGUAGUGAUGGAUCUCUGCUGUCUGACGAUCUAGAUGAGGAGAGCACAGAACUGGACCUGGAUGAUAUAGACACCCCAUCUGAUAACAGCAACGAGUUUGAAUGGGAAGAUGACCUGCCUAGGCCCAAGAGGACUGAGGUGCUGCAGAAGGGAGUGGGUUCCGUCCCGGAAUACUCCGCAUAUGAGGAGCGGGAGGAGGGCCGGCGCUGGAGGGUGUUCAGAAUUGGAGACCAGGAGCACAGAGUGGACAUGAAGGCCAUUGAACCGUACAAGAGGGUUAUCAGUCACGGAGGUUACUAUGGAGAUGGUCUGAAUGCCAUCAUAGUGUUUGCGGUGUGUUAUAUGCCUGAGAGUGACCAGCCCAACUACAGAUACAUCAUGGACAACCUCUUCAAGUAUGUGAUUGGCACCUUGGAGUUGCUCGUGGCAGAGAACUACAUGAUAGUAUAUCUGAAUGGGGCCACAUCCAGGAAAAAGAUGCCCAGCGUGGGCUGGCUCAGGAAGUGUUACCAGCAGAUCGACCGCAGAUUAAGGAAGAAUUUGAAGUCAUUAAUUAUUGUUCACCCCUCCUGGUUCAUCCGCACUCUCCUGGCCCUCACCAAGCCAUUCAUAAGCUCAAAGUUCAGCCAGAAGAUCCAGUUUGUGUUCAGCUUGAAUGACCUUUCAGAACUGGUUCCCAUGGAGUAUGUCUCUGUACCAGACUGCAUUAAAGAGUUUGACGAAGAAAAAAAUAGGAAAAGACCUAAAAGGCUCGACAAGGAGACCCAUGGUAAAGUAGAGAUGGCAGCUGCUCCCUUGCCAGAGUCUGAGUGAGGAUGGUGUGUUUUUCUGCAGGGCGGCUGGGCUGCUACCUCUGUUCUGUACUGCCUGGAUAUGAAGAGGACUGAUAAUGUGGAGAAAGAGGGCUGAUAAUGUGGAAGAAGAGGACUGAUAAUGUUCAGAUCCACAGCUAUUAAUGGUGGUGACUCUCCAGACCUAAACUAGGUCCUGGAGAAGUUCCUUCCUGAGACCAUUCAGCCUGUUACACCCUCCCUUAUCCCUGACCCUUCCCAACGCUAAACCCUAACCCUUCCCAACGCUAAACCCUAACCCUGACCCUUCCCAACGCUAACCCCUAACCCUGACCCUUCCCAACGCUAACCCCUAACCCUGACCCUUCCCAACGCUAACCCCCUACCCAUAUCCUUAUCCUUAACCCUAUCCAUAUCCUUAAUCCUAACCCCUAACCCUGACCCUUCCCAACGCUAACCCCUGACCCUUCCCAACGCUAACCCCCUAUCCUUAUACUUAACCCUAUCCUUAACCCUAUCCUUAUCCUUAACUCUAUCCUUAACGCUAUCAUUUACCCUAUCCCUAUCCUUAUCCUUAACUCUAUCAUUAACCCUAUCCCUAUCCUUAACUCUAUCAUUUACCCUAUCCCUAUCCUUAUCCCUUAACUUCCUGGUCUCCAGAGUUCUCCAUUGUUUUUACCUUUUCUGUACCCAGCCAGAAUGUUGACUUUGUCAUUUACUUUAACUUCCCUAAGAUUUACAGAUUUUUCAGAAAUCCUGUUAUUCCUUUUUGAUUAUGGAAAUCUUUCACAUAGGAGUUCUGGUUGUUGUAGGAGUUUGGGAAAAAUGACCAGAUUUUUGACAACCCUGGUUACUUUUGCAUCUGCAUGUAUUUAAAGCACUGUGUUAUCAAGGGUUGUUGCAUGUUACAUUUAAAUAUAUUUAUAUUAAACAGGUGGUAAAAGACAAAGAUUAAUAUAUUUUUAUGGUUGCUUUGAUUUGAUCCUUAUUUUAGGUCACAUAUUCCUCACAGAGAUGUUACAUAGCACCUGGUUUCACUGCAGUAACAAACAUUUUCGUGCAGGUUAACUGGACCUGAAAAGUUUACAGCAGGUUUCAUUGGACCUGUAAACUGUUUAGUGCAGGUUUCCCAGAAUCUGGAAAGUUUACUUCUGAUGUAUUUUCUUAAUUGCAUAUUCCUCUUUCUCCUUUCACUUUGGCCUCUUUCUCUGAACCCGUUGGAGGAGACAGUCAAAGGAGAACGAUGCCAGGAUGCAAGGAGUCUGUAAUAAAAGGCCUUUGUAAGAAUCCUGCAUGAACAACACUGUCCCAACUCCUCCCCCGCCCCCUUGAAUAGAAAUGUCUGUCUAGGGGGGGGCACAUUGUCUUUGCUUUUUAUGUGAAAACAGGACAAUCUAAAGACAUUGGUUGAGGUAGCAUAUGUGUAAAGCCAGUCUGUCUAAAAUCCAGAUGUUGUUGUUAGAUGGGACAUUGUACAUUAUUUAUCACAAGUAAAUUUACAAAUCCAGAUGUUGUUAGUAAGUGUAUUAUUCCCAAAUUGUGUCUGACAUACUAUAGAAGCACAUUCAUGGUACAAUAUGACUGGAUGCACAUGUACAAGCAACUCACAACCACUUAGUGUUACUCAAACAUUCUUUAAAACAGGAACAAUUAGCUGCUUCUACAUUUACCCUUUCAUUGUAGAUCACCGAUUACAGAACUUCUAUAAAAUGUUAUGCCUGUAAAGUUUACAACUGUGUCCAGACACUGACCUGUCAUGGUGCUGCUGGACAAUAACAUUAGCACAAACAAACAUAUCAUAUAACAUAGCAAUUAAUAGAAAGGUGUCAGAACACACAGUGCAUUGCAGUUUGUUGCGUAUGGGGCUGCGUAGCUGCAGACCAGUCAGGGUGCCCAUGUGACCCCUGUCCAAUGCGGAAAGCACGUACAAUGGGCAUCUGGAUUUAGCCCGCAUUUGUUAGUUAUUCCAAUUGGACUCUUAAUAUUUCACCCGGCACAGCCAGAAGAGGACUGGUCACCCCUCUGAACCUG